CCGCGCUUCUACCGUUGUCUUUGCUUCGGAUGCCAUUCCGUAUCUAAAGUUUUAAUUUUGCCGCAGAUUUAGAUACAAUAUUUCGUGUCUUAUCUCAUUAUAAAUACUAUAUAUCUGCAGAUACACGGGCUCAAUUUGGAUCAAGAACCAAGAAUGGAGAAGAAGCCUCUCGUUUUCGCCUACUAUGUCACUGGCCAUGGAUUUGGGCAUGCCACCCGUGUUCUUGAGGUAGUUCGUAAUCUCAUCCUAGCUGGGCAUGAAGUUCAUGUGGUCACUGGUGUUCCUGACUACAUAUUUACCACCGAAAUAAAGUCAGCUAGACUCUUCAUCAGGAAGGUUCUAUUGGACUGUGGAGCUGUUCAAGCAGACGCUUUGACAGUUGACCGCCUUGCAUCCUUGGAAAAGUAUGUCCAGACUGCUGUAGUGCCUCGGGAUUCUAUUUUGGCCACUGAGGUUGAAUGGCUAAAAUCUAUCAACGCUAAUUUAGUGGCAUCUGAUGCUGUUCCCAUCGCAUGCCGAGCAGCAGCAGAUGCUGGAAUUCGUGCAGUUUGUGUGACCAACUUCAGUUGGGAUUUCAUCUAUGCGGAGUAUGUGAUGGUGGCUGGCCGUCAGAGUCACUCUAUAAUUUGGCAGAUAGCUGAAGAUUAUUCUCAUUGCGACUUUCUAAUACGUCUCCCAGGAUACUGUCCAAUGCCUGCUUUUAGCGACGUUGUUGAUGCACCUCUUGUCGUGCGGAAAUUACACAAGUCCCGGGCAGAGGUUAGGAAAGAGCUCGGAAUUGAGGAAGAUGCGAAAGUUCUUAUUUAUAAUUUUGGUGGGCAGCCAGCUGGCUGGAAGCUGGAGAAGGAAUAUCUACCUGAUGGAUGGAUAUGUUUGGUGUGCGGGGCGUCAGACGAGCAGGAGCUUCCAGAAAAUUUUGUUAAGCUUCCAAAGGAUGUCUACACACCUGAUUUAAUUGCAGCUUCAGAUUGCAUGCUUGGUAAAAUUGGAUAUGGUACAGCAAGUGAAGCUUUGGCAUACAAGGUGCCUUUAAUCUUUGUACGAAGAGAUUAUUUUAAUGAGGAACCAUUUGUGAGGAAUAUGCUUGAGUACUGCCAAUGUGGUGUGGAGAUAAUAAGGAGAGAUUUGCUUAGUGGUCGUUGGGCUCCUUAUAUUCAACGCGCUAUUACCCUGAAACCUUGCUAUGAGGGAGGCACUAAUGGUGGUGAGGUGGUUGCUCAAAUACUUCAUGAUAUAGCUUUGGGAAAAGAUCCCACUCCAUCUAAGCUUAGAGGAUCAAGAAGGUUGAAGGAUGCCAUUGUCCUUGGGUAUCAGCUUCAGGGAGUUUCCGGGAAAGAUAUAGAUGUUCCUCACUGGUAUACACUUGCACAAACUGAACUCAGUUCACGUACGCCAUUGCCAGAUGAGAACAGUAUCCAAAAUACCACCUCUGCUAUAGGAACUGGAGAUUUCGAAAUUUUACAUGGAGAUCAUCAUGGUCUUUCGGAUACAAUAGGUUUCUUAAAGAGCUUGAAAGAUCUACAUGCCUUAAGCAACAAUGCGAAUAGUAGUAAGCAUCAGUCAAGGGAGAGUCUUGCUGCGGCUGCAAUGAUUAACUGGGAGGAAGAAAUUGUCGUAACUAGAGCUCCUGGGAGGUUAGAUGUGAUGGGCGGAAUUGCAGAUUAUUCGGGAAGCUUAGUCCUGCAGAUGCCUGUUAGAGAAGCAUGCCAUGUUGCCAUUCAGAGGUGUCGUCCAGAGAAACAGAAGUUAUGGAAACAUGCUCAGGCCAGGCAGCAAAAAAAAGGAGACGGCACUACCCCUGUACUCCAAAUUGUAUCAUUUGGUUCAGAACUGAGUAACCGAGCACCUACGUUUGAUAUGGACUUGUUUGAUUUUCUGGAAGAUGGAAAACCUAUUUCAUACGAGAAAGCACGCCUGUACUUUGCUCAAGACCCAUCGCAGAAGUGGGCUGCAUAUGUUGCUGGUACGAUUCUAGUUUUGAUGACUGAACUGGGCAUUCAGUUUCAGGAUGGUAUUAGUAUAUUGGUUUCUUCUGGUGUUCCAGAGGGCAAAGGCGUAUCAUCCUCGGCUGCAAUAGAAGUUGCAACCAUGUCUGCAGUGGCUGCUUCUCAUGGUCUAAACAUUGCACCAAGAGAUCUUGCUUUGCUUUGCCAAAAGGUUGAGAAUCACAUUGUUGGUGCUCCUUGUGGCGUGAUGGAUCAGAUGGCUUCUGCAUGUGGUGAAGAAAAUAAACUCCUAGCCAUGCUAUGUCAGCCGGCUGAAGUAUUAGGUCACGUGGAAAUCCCUUCUCAUAUACGAUUUUGGGGGAUUGACUCAGGAAUACGACACAGUGUUGGUGGUGCAGAUUAUGGGUCAGUGAGGAUCGGCACCUUUAUGGGCCGGAAAAUGAUUAAGUCCAUGGCGUCCAAGCAGUUGUCCUCACCAAAUCACAAUUCACCGAAAGUCGAAGGGAUGAACAACGAUGAAACAGAUGAACAUGGCAAGGAUUUGCUUCAAGCUGAAGCUGCACUGGAUUACCUAUGCAACUUGUCCCCUCACCGCUAUGAGUCUUAUGUGCAUAGGCUUCCGGAGUUUCUACCCGGAAAUGAAUUCAUCGAGAAUUACAACCAUCAUGAUGAUUCAAUUACAAUAAUUGAUAAAAAAUGCAGCUAUGCAGUAAGAGCACCAACACGGCAUCCAAUCUAUGAGAACUUUCGAGUCAAGGCCUUCAAAGCAUUAUUAUCGGCUGCUCCUUCAGACGAUCAACUCUCCACCCUCGGGGAACUCAUGUAUCAGUGUCACUAUAGCUACAGUGCUUGUGGACUCGGCUCAGAUGGGACCGAUAAGCUGGUAGAGUUAGUACAACAAAAGCAGCACAGCAAAUCAACUGGUGGGACUUUAUUCGGGGCAAAGAUCACCGGUGGAGGUUCCGGUGGAACGGUUUGUGUCAUUGGGAAAAACCUCUUCAGAAGCAGCGAACAAAUUUUCAAGAUUCAGCAGAAGUACAAAGCCAUCACUGGCUUCCUGCCCUUUGUCUUCGAGGGUUCUUCGCCCGGUGCUGGCAAGUUCGGCUACCUGAAACUACGCAUGAGAUCACGUUCAUCUUAAACGAUCAAGUACUCCCAUUUGAGUGAAAAACGGGCAUAUCAGAACCGUGCAGGUAUCCGGACAAAAUGUCAGUGGAUUUUCAGUGUAUUGGAAUUUUAUUAUUGAGAUUUUUAUGAGUUGCAUUUUAGGAAGUGAUGAAUAUUUAUCUGGCAAAUUGUAAUUUUUGUACUGUUAUUUAAAAAUGGCAUUUAUCAU